AAUUGGCUCCAACUCGCGUCAGUCCCGCUGCGCGACUACUGGAGGCUGGCGGACUUCCUUCAACAUUAUUUCUGCGUAACGGGGUAAAAGAAAAAAGUAGCCCCCCGAAAAUGUUGCCGACCCACUGCGCGGCGACUGGCUGAAUGGAGGCAGCCCUGUCAUCGAGCGGAGAUCGUGCAUUCCUGGGCCAAAGACAGCAACACACACACCGAGCGGCGUGUUGAGUUCUCCGAAGACGUCCAGCCCUCGGCCUCCCCAUGCCUCCAUCUCCCCUUGACGACAGAAUUGUGGUGGCGCUGCCAAGGCCGAUCCGACCUCAGGAACUCCAACUGCGACUGGACACCAGCUACCUGGACUCCAUCGCCUCCACCAGCAGCGACAAUACGGUCAUCAGCACCACCGUGGUGAAGAUUCGGGCGACGGCCAAUCUUGUGACGUAUAUGCCCUCAUCCAAGGGUUCCACGCGCUCUUUGUCGUGUGGAUGCAGCAGUGCCAGCUGCUGCUCGGUGACCACUUAUGAGAAGGACAGCCCGAGCCUGAACCACAGUCAGGUGAGUGCCAGCAGUCCCAACCUCAGCUAUGCCGGACCCCCUAUGCUCAGCAACCACGAAGCAUUGAGCGCCUCCAGCCUCGCCCAGGGCGCACCCAAGGCGCACCCGUCCACCACUGUGAGAGUCAUCCACCCCAAUGAGCUGGCAAAGCGGGUGACCUGCUGCCCCAUGGGUCACCCCAUCGGGCCCGUGCCGGUCAUCAUCGACUGCCGAGCCUUCACGGAGUACAACAAGAGCCACAUCCGGGGGGCGGUGCACAUCAACUGCUCUGACAAGAUCAGCCGGCGGAGGCUGCAGCAGGGAAAGAUCACUGUUCUGGACCUCAUCUCCUGCCGGCAGGGCAAGGACUCAUUUAAGGGCAUCUUCUCCAAAGAAAUCGUGGUCUACGACGACAGCACCUCGGACCCCAACAGGCUGGCGCCCUCGCAGCCUCUCCACGUGGUCCUGGAGUCGCUAAGGAGGGAGGGCAAAGACCCCAUCAUUCUCAAAGGAGGCCUUAGCUGCUUCAGGCAGAGCCACGAGAACCUGUGCGAACACUCGCUGCACCUUCAUGAAGGUCUGGACUCGGGCGCAACUGCCGGCCUCUCGGGGGCGCUACCUCACACCCUGCCCUCCACUCCGGACAUCGAGAACGCAGACGUGACGCCCGUGCUGCCCUUCCUCUACCUGGGCAAUGAGCGCGACGCUCAGGACAUCAACUUGCUGCAACACUUGAACGUCGGAUACAUCCUAAAUGUCACCACCCACCUUCCGCUUUUUCACUAUGACACUGGCCUGUUCAUCUACAAGCGCCUGCCUGCCACCGACAGCAACAAGCAGAACCUUCGCCAGUACUUCGAGGAGGCAUUUGAAUUUAUUGAGGAAGCACACCAAGCUGGUAUGGGCCUUCUGAUCCACUGCCAGGCCGGCGUGUCUCGCUCCGCCACUAUCGUCAUCGCCUACUUGAUGAAGCACACCUGGAUGACCAUGACGGACGCCUACAAGUUCGUCAAAACCAGACGGCCCAUUAUAUCCCCCAACCUCAACUUCAUGGGCCAGCUGCUGGAGUUCGAGGAAGACCUCAACAACGGAAUCACACCACGGAUCCUCACGCCAAAGCUGAUGGAGUGGCAAAGCUGUGGGUCAGCAAAUCUGUGGGUCAAAACUGAUGAGGAAUGCCAAAAUAUGACGACUGUUUGGACCUGGCCGACGUCCUGGAGGAGAGCAUGAGUUUGAGAUGUUGAGACAGAGGGAGUGAGAAUGUGCUUGCUUGGAAAAGUUCCAUGUGGGACUGUAGAGGAGCAAGUGUGAGACAGGAGAGGUUCACACUUCACACUGUGGCACACAUUCUGGCGGGGCUGGCAAAUGGUGGUGCCAGUUAAAGAAAAAGAAAAUAAACAGUUCAAGACAUGUCUGGUUUUUUUUUUAUUGUUCUAUUUUUAUACAGGGGUGACCAUUACAAGUCCACUAUGGCUUACUGUGCAAUAAUUUCUGAAUGGAAUGGAACCUUCAUCUUAUGUGUAUAUAUUGGAAACAUUUCCAGCUCUUUGCUGAAUAUUGGUGUUAUGUAAUGAAUACUGUUUUGUGCAUUACGUUUAUGUUCCGGGUAUAAUACUUAUUAGGGAUGGGUGUUACAUUUUCUUGUUGACUAUUGGAAAAUCAUCCAUUGAAUUAAUAUUUUCAAUGGGAGGGGACAAUAUCGCUGAAUGUUCGGACCCCAGUUUCAAUGCCAGAAUCAUGCUGCUGACGUUGUGUUCUUUAGAUGGCAAACUAGACUGAAUUGACAGCAUCUCUGCUGGUUGCGGCCAAGUAGUGUACUACAUUUUUCAUCAAUUGAUUCAAUACAAGAUAAACUAAGAACGAGUUCAAGAGUUCAACCCAAUUCUUGAAAUUAGUCGAUUAAUCCAUUAUUAUGCCCAUCCCUAAUAGCAAUAGGAGCAGAUGUUUAAGAGCAGUGGUUCUCAACUGUUGUCAUCCCGGCACCUGCAUUAUUGCAAAGUCGCGACUCAGUUUUCGAGAACAAUAAAGAAAAUGUUUAAAAAUAGCCUCUGAAAACAUAUGUAUAUUAUAUUUUUAAACACCAUUUCUAAUGAGUUUUACCUACGGCCAAAAGCUUAUCGUUGGCCAUUAUAUCAGAUAGCCAGAGGCUGAGCUGCACUGUAUUUGUUUACCGAGUGUAUUUGUGGCAAAGAAUGCAAGGCACACUUCCAGCCCCUUGCCCAAUCUAAUAUCUUCGUGUAGAAACCCGGUCCGAAAAAUACAAAUACAGUAGCACUGUACCUUGACUUAAAAGGAGGAGUUUUCUGAGUUACAAGCCCUCGUGAGGGUGAUUGAUUUCUAUUAAAUUUUUUUUUGCUUUGUGUUGCGAGACAAAUUUUGAGAUUCGAGCGUAUUCAGAUAUGCCGCUGCUAAAUCACGCCAGCGCACAUCAUUUGCCAGCAUCCCACGUUUUACUCACGAUUUGAGAUACACUAUUGGUCAAAAGUUUUAGAACACCCUUUCAUUUAAAAAAAUAAAAUAAAAGUAUAGAAGUUCAAAUCUAAUUGAUUGCUUGAAAAGGUACAAACUAAGAUAAGUGGUGAACUGCCAGAGGUUAAACAAUAACCAGGUAAGGUUUUCCAAAACUAAUUAAUAAUGUACAUUUCAGAAUUAUAACAAAGGCACAGUCUCCAGACUUAAACCCUAUUGAGCUGGUUUGGGAUGAACUGGACAAAAUGUGAAAGAAAAGCAACUUUCUGCAACAAAAUGGGAAGAACUUUCUGAAGAAUAUUUGAUUGGCAAUGUAGAAAGAAUGGCACAUGUGUGCAGCUGCUAUAUCUGCCAAAGAUGGCUACUUUAAUGAGUUACUGAACGACAUGAAUUUAAAUUAAAAAAAAGAAAAAUGGGGUUUUUAUAUCUUUUGACUGGUAGCUUCGUCACGGAACAAAUUAAACUCUUAAGUCAAGGUACCACUAUACUAUAUGUGUAACGUUUUAGUCUGCAACCCACUUUUCGGUCCCGAGCCACAAGUUGAGUCACUUUAGCAUCUUUUGCCCAAAUCAACAGAACCAUACAUAGCCAAAAAAACACUGAACAGCAACAACAUAAAACAGGGCUACUGGUGAUACUUUAAUGAAACAGAACACAUAUUUCACUGCCUGCUUUUCCCAUCUCUACUUUUUGCUUCUCUUCAUCUCUGUGCUAGCUAUAUUGUAACAUGUUUUUACCGUGUGUGUGGCUAUAUAGCCCAAUAUGUCUUUUAACCCCUGUCAUUAUGAGCUCUGGUAAUACAUGGUAGCAGAGGCACACACCUCAAAUGCAGGCACCCUUCUCCGGCAAGUGUGUCGUGACCUUUCAACUCUUGACACUAAGCUACAGCCGAGUGAGCAUUUCUGCCUGGCGUAGGCAAAGUGUCGCUUUCACAUGCUGUUUCUAGUGCCUCGUUCAAUGCCUUAACUCUCGCGUCACCACCGAGCCUGCGCACGGCAACAUAACUUGCAGAUGAAUACAGACCACAGUGAAGUCGUACCAGGGCCUGCUGGGUUGCUCUCUUUGACAUCAAAAAGAAUAUGUACAACCAGAAAUAAUUUAUUCCUUUGGAGGUUCAGAAAACUGCAUUCAAAUGGAGCCUAGUGAGAAUCUGAUUUCAGAAAAAAAAGGGGAAAAAAAGUGCACUGUAAUUAGUAGAAAAAUGAUUUUUUAAUGGUGAGUUGAACAAUCUUGACUUUCAAGUUAUGAAAACAAAACUGAACCACUUUUACCACAAGUCAUGGGGAGAAAUCUUGUGGCAAAAUGACAUUUUUGGCAGCUCUCUGCCAUUGUUUUGGGGAUGUGCUGCUACAGAGAGCUCUCACAAGUGGAGACACGCUGUUCUUGUUGCCAUUUUAUAUGAAAUUAUUCUGAUUUCUGUUGGUAAAUAUGCUGUGACGGAGAAUAAAAUAGGUUGCUGUUAAGCCCAGUUGUUCAUACCCUGGCCAAAGUUUGAGGUGACAAGAGAAAGUAGCAAAACAAUUAAGAUGAAGAAAAGAUACUGAAUAUUUGUGUGUUAAUAUAUAGUGUUUUUAUUUUAUUAUUAUUUUUAAUGGAAUUUGGCAAAACAAAAAAUCAAUAAUACCCUUUGUCAAUACAUGGAAAGACAAAUAUAUAUAGACAAAAUGUUACCAGGAUCCUUUAGAAUGGUGCAUAAGAUUGCGGUUCCUCAAAAUUGUCUGAUAAGAUUAGGAAUAUGAAUCAUUUUCAUGUUGAAAAAAAAACAAUGGCUAUGGCGAAGAAUGUUUAAGGGUAUUUUUAACACAACUUUGUACAAUUUUUCUUUUGUCAUUUCCAGUCAAAAGAACAAUUUCAAAUGUGGCCACGAUAUGAAUCACUUUGGGCUGUACUGGACGUAACUGUGAGUCAUUGAGAUAAAAAAAAAAAAACAUAACCUGUAAAUGCAUCUCUAUGCUAAAUAGUUUAAAAAUAAUACACCCACACACAAAGUUAACCCUCAGCCUACGCCAUCUAAAUUUUCACACUCAUUGACACAUUGUGCAUCAGCUUUUACUUACUUCCCGUUUGGUUAGAUAAUUACUGGAGAUGAUGAUAAUGUUGAUGAUUAAAAAAGAUUAAAAAAAAAAAGAUGGUCACAUUUUCAAGGCUUUUAAUGUAAAAUACUGAACACACUGACACAAUUCUCACAAGUGUUGUUUUCUGUUCUCAUACUUCUCCACUGUUUAUUUUCAUUUGCAUGAAAACAAAUGCAUAAACAAAGUACAGGGAUGUACAGUGCUUAACAAAUUUAUUAGACCAGCUGUCACAAAAAAAAGAAAAAAGAAAGGGUACCAAAUACCAUCAUGAAUGUGGACUCUUUCCAUUUCAAUUGACAAUUUUGUACAGGACUGAAGAAUUUAAAGCAGAAUUCACUAUAACUGUGAUCUUGCUCAGUGGUCAGAAAUUAAUAGCAUAACAUUCAAUCACUAAAACUGCUCUGUUUCUCUGUUCAAGAAUGUCAACAACUUCUUUACUAGUCAAUUAUUUUAGUUUUUUUUUAGGUCAAUUUGAAAAUUCAUAAAUAGUAUAUUUUAGUAAUAAAAUCAUUUAGCUUAAAUAGCUUCUUCGGAUGUGUAUUAACCAUUCCAGAAACAUAAAAAGAAGGCUCUUAAUUUAGGUAAACUUUGACAUAAACCUCAUCAGGUGGCUGUCUAAUACAUUUUGAAGUACUGCAUAUUUUGCAUACCCUUGCUAAAAAAAAAGGCAUCACAUGGAAAAGUAUGAGAUGACGUGAAGAAGAGUGACAGUAAAUUCCAUAUUUCCCUGGUGAAAAGAAAUCAUGCUAUGCAAAUGAAAAUGUUGCAGGUUGUUUUUACAAAACUAGUCAUUGUUUUGAGGGGAUAUUGCUGCAACUCUUUGGAGCAUAAAUGAGAGUUUGCAAUCAGUGUGGAUGACUUUUUAUUUUGUAUUUUUUGAAUUCAAGUGUGCUGACAUGUCCUCACAUGUAUCAUUGUGUCUGUGUCAACUGGUGCUGUGUAACCAUUUAGCACGUUUGUAGCUUCUGCAUUUGUAUUCAGCGAUUAGCCUCGGGCAAACAACAAAACAAAAACAAAAACGGGAGCUUGCCACCUGAGCCAAUGUUAUUUACAAAUAAUGUAUGUUUUUCUUUUUGCUACACAUGGCUUUUUUUGUAUGCACUGAUAUAUAAGACAAUGUAAACAGUGUAGUAGUGUACAUUGCUCUCUGCUUGAGAAAAUGUAGCAUGCCAUUCGCUCCUGGUGUGUGAAGGACUCUUGCAGUCCAUCUGGUGCUGUCUAUUUCCCACACUGCUUUUUAUUUUUAUUUUUUUUAAAGUUAUUGCAGUGUUUCUUUUCAUGGAUUACAACAAUAUCAUGUAGAGUCUCUGCUCUGGGCUCAGAGGCUCCAUUAGAAUGAUUUAUAAUUCAAUAUAUUUUUUCUUUGUGUCUCUUAUCAACUGUCAAGUAUAUACAGUACAACACGUGAAUAUAUUUAAAUAUAUAUAUUUUUUCUUUGUAUGCAUACAUUAUAUUAGGACUAUUUUUGCACUGACCUAUGGACAGAUGGAUUUAUUUUUCUCCACAAAGGGUGCUAUUCUAAUGGAGGCCUUCUCCCUCACCUUUAUGCAUGACUUGCUCUUCAACUCGUCUGUCAUCCCUCUUCUACUAUCGCUACUCCUUGAACAGUUACCACUGAAGCACUGUAAUUUUGUAAUCUCUACUUGUGAGAUUUGAAAAUAAACAGGGAGGCUUCGA